AUGUCCACGGGGAGGUUUAAUUGCAACCAAGUAUGUAGCUUGCUCAGCCCCAAGCCUGACAUGGAGCAAAGCGGCACCGCACAAGGACGCAGGGUCGCUGGGCUGGGGCUCGCUCAGGAGUCUCGCCGCGUUCCCAUCGGGUCGCCGCUCUCCGCGCUGCGGCUGCGGCGGGUGAAGCCCUGGGCGCUGCCCCCGCGCCCAGCCGCAUCCCCGACCGCGCCCCAACCUGGGCGCCCGGCGCGCAACGGGUGCGGGCUGGGCCGGGGCUGCCCCGGGAGCGAGCGGGGCGGGGCCGCCGCGCCCACGCCCCUCCCGCCGCCUUCUCCGCCUCUCGCGGUUGGGCUCAGAGCGGCGGCAGCAGCGGCCGCGGCGACAGCUCCGGCUCCGGCUCCUGCCUUCGCCCAGGGCUCCCGGGCUCCGCGCCCCGACCCCGCCACCGCGCCUGCCGGGGCCUCGGCGCCCCGCCGCCGCCUCACGCUGAAGUUCCUGGCCGUGCUGCUGGCCGCGGGCAUGCUGGCGUUCCUCGGUGCCGUCAUCUGCAUCAUCGCCAGCGUGCCCCUGGCGGCCAGCCCCGCGCGGGCGCUGCCCGGCGGCGCCGACAACGCCUCGGCCGCCUCGGCCGGUGCCGCGGCCCCGGGCCCGCAGCGCAGCCUGAGCGCGCUGCACGGCGCGGGCGGCUCGGCCGGGCCCCCCGCGCUGCCUGGGGCGCCGGCGGCCAGCGCGCACCCGCUGCCGCCCGGGCCGCUCUUCAGCCGCUUCCUGUGCACGCCGCUGGCGGCCGCCUGCCCGUCGGGGGCCGAGCAGGGCGACGCGGCGGGCGGCGAGGGCGAGGAGCUGCUGCUGCUGCAGAGCACGGCCGAGCAGCUGCGCCAGACGGCGCUGCAGCAGGAGGCGCGCAUCCGCGCCGACCAGGACACCAUCCGCGAACUCACCCGCAAGCUGGGCCGCUGCGAGAGCGGCCUGCCGCGCGGCCUCCAGGACGCCGGGCCCCGGCGCGACACCAUGGCCGACGGGGCCUGGGACUCGCCCGCGCUCGUCCUCGAGCUGGAGGACGCCGUGCGCGCCCUCCGGGACCGCAUCGACCGCAUCGAGCAGGAGCUCCCGGCCCGUGUGAACUUCUCAGCCGCCGCAUCCCCAGCCCCGGCAGUGCCCACUGCCCUGAACUCCAAAAUGGACGAGCUGGAGGGGCAGCUGCUGGCCAAGGUGCUGGCACUGGAGAAGGAGCGCGCAGCCCUCAGCCACAGCAGCCACCGGCAGCGGCAGGAGGUGGAGAAGGAGCUGGACGCACUGCAGGGCCGCGUGGCGGAGCUGGAACAUGGAUCCUCGGCCUCCAACACCCCAGACGCCUUCAAGAUCAGCAUCCCCAUCCGCAAUAACUACAUGUACGCCCGCAUGCGGAAGGCGCUGCCUGAGCUCUACGCCUUUACUGUCUGCAUGUGGCUGCGGUCCUGGUCGGGCGGCACUGGCCAGGGCACCCCCUUCUCCUACUCGGUACCUGGCCAGGCCAACGAGAUAGUGCUUCUGGAGGCAGGCCAUGACCCCAUGGAGCUGCUGAUUAAUGACAAGGUGGCCCAGCUGCCCCUGAGCCUGAAGGACAAUGGCUGGCACCACAUCUGCAUCUCCUGGACCACACGGGAUGGCCUGUGGUCUGCCUACCAGGAUGGCGAGCUGCGGGGCUCUGGUGAGAACCUGGCUGCCUGGCACCCCAUCAAGCCCCAUGGAAUCCUCAUCCUGGGCCAGGAACAGGACACCCUCGGUGGCAGGUUUGAUGCCACCCAGGCCUUCGUGGGUGACAUUGCCCAGUUUAACCUGUGGGACCACGCCCUGACACCUGCCCAAGUCCUGGGCAUUGCCAACUGUACUGAGCUGCUGCCGGGCAACGUCCUCCCCUGGGAAGACAAGCUAGUGGAGGCCUUUGGGGGUGCCACCAAGGCCACCUUUGAUGUCUGCAAGGGGAGGACCAAGCCAUGAGGAGCCACCUCAUCCAGGGCCCCUCCCCUGCCUGCCACUUUGGGGACUUGAGGGGGGUACAUUCCCUUCUCAGCCUGCCCACUCACUGGCCUCCCCUCUGCUGCAGCCCCAGCCAUGCCCCCCAUUUCCCCCACCUUCCUCCACACCUCCAGAAUGCCCUGCCCAGCAAUGGGUGUCCCCCAACCCCACCUAGAUGGGGACGAGCAGCCCCAGUCAGCAAGUCAAACCUGGAGUGAGGCCAGGGCCGGGCUGGAGGGGGUAGCAGUGUCCACAGCCCUGCCCACCCUCCUGGCAUUACACUGGAACCCUCUCUUGCCCCCAUCUACCCUGUCCCAUCCAUCCUGUUUGAUUCCACUGUUCUCAACAGCACCCACCAUAGGUUGUAUAUGGGAGAAGGGCCUAUGAUCUCAGUGGUGGGGGUGGCUGUCCAUCCCACUGCCCCCCCAUGCAGCAGGCCUGGUGUCUCCCGCUUCAAGACCAGAAGAGGCUGUGGAACAGUCCCCCCAGCUGAGAAGGGGACUACUUUACGAGGCAUGUGAAGCUCAGACUCGCCCCUCCUCCACCCUUCCUCCAGCUGCUGGUCAAGGGCAUGGGAAUCUUGAUAGAGGCCCCUCCAGCCUGCCCCUUCCCCCUCUUUCCUUGUUUCAUUGUGUGAAGUUGUUUGAAUGUUGGUUCCAUGCCUGGCCCAGACCCAUCACCCCUUCUGCUCGCCCACAGCUUUCCCCACUGGCAUGGCCACCCCUCCCCAUCUGUGCCCAGGACAAGGCCUGGGCUGCUUCAACCUGAGCUGGGGCCAGCUUAAGGCAGAGGCUCCAUGCCCCAGGGGACCCCGCUUCUGGCAGAGCCACACUGGCCACUCCCUCUGCAUGGCCCUGCAGCCUCUGGGGAGGGAAGAAGCUGCGAGGACAGGGAGAAGUGUGUGGUGGUGGGCAGAGCACUGGACGCAAGAGAGGAGCAUUGUUCCUGGCCAGCCCGGCUGCUAACGUGCUGUGUAGCCUUCUGUAAGGCCCUGCCCUCUCUGGCCUGGGCUUGCUCAUCUGUAAGCUAAGGCCCUUGCUUUGAUCAUUUCUGAGACCCCCUCCAGACUGAACGUAAGAUGGUCUGUGAUUCCAAGUAUAUAGGGUGGGGCAAGCCCGGGAAUCUCCCAGGAGACCCAGGAGCAUGGUAACGGCAAGUCUUGGAACUGGGCAGCAGAUGGGAUCAGGGUAGGCACGGGUCAGUUUCAGCAGCUCCUCCAGAGAGUCAAGGGCAAGGUUAGGGUUCAAAGCAGGCCAGUCUCACACGUGAAUUGUAAAAAAAAAUCACCUCCCUCUGGAUCCCCCAUCUGGCACCCUUGCCUGACUGAGGCUGUCUCAAAGAGCUGGUGGUUCCUGGUUCCCAACCUUGAGACCUCACCAGCACCACCAAGACAAUGGGGAAAAUCUCAGAGCUGAGAAAGGCCAUCCAUUGUGACCCCUUGCCUGUACAGAUGGGAAAGAGCUCAGAAAGAGCAAGUGACUUGCACAGGAUCACACAGCACAAUGGGGCGUAACCAGGACUAGAACACAGGCCUUCUGACUCCCUCUUCAGUGUUCUCCCUCCUCACUAUACUGCCUGUCUUCAAGGGCUUGUGAGUCCAGCUGACACACAAAAGAAUGGACAGUUGAGAGGUCAGGAUGCUUUCCAACAGGACUAUUGAGACAUCUUCCUUUAAGCAACACCCAGACAUCUUGGCACCUCCCAGGAGGUAGGGGGAGGAGGAUGUGACCCCGGGGUACUCUGGUGGGAAUGGAGAGCUGAGAAUGGCAGGUGUCCCACCCCUGCCAGCACCUACCAGGUGUCUGGGCAGCUGCAGGCUACCUGGCUCACAUGGCAUGUUGCCUUUCCCCUUUUUGUCCCCCCUCGGAGCUCCCCUGGCCACUUAGCCUGAAGCAUAUUCAGGAGCUGGAAGCUGUGGGGCCUGAUGCCGUGGAAACUUCUCCAAGACUUGUUGCCUCCAGCCCCCAGAUCCUUGUUUCCAUUUCAAGAGCACAAAUAGAUGAUUCAGCACCUCCGGUCCAACUCCCCUUGGAAGAAGGAGCAAUGGAUGGCAUGCUCAGCCAGAACCUGCUGAGGUCUAGGUUGCCCCGGUAACAGCCAAUGACAUCAGCCCAAGUGCUGGGUCAAGUGUCUCAUCCAUAACUACACGUGCUGUUGCUGGGGUGACGGCAGAAUUGGGAACUUGGGUUUCGGGGACGCUGGGCUGUAUUUGGUUUCUGUUAUUAUUUUUAGGGGUACAGGUUUCUGGGGGCCUUGGAGGAAGGGAAGGGCCUUCGGGGGGAGGCGAUGGGACUUUUUUGGUCACUUGAGUCCACCCGGGCACAUCGUCCCAAAUCUUUGUGCUUUGUCAUGGUGGUGACAAGACAUCUGAUGUCUGAGCCUUGUUCCUGCACUGAGUCACCCUAGUCAGCCCUCUGAAGGGAACAGGAACAAAAUGAAGACAUUGGGGUGUGGGUUCUGAGUCUGAAUCUUUGGUGAGGGGCCUGGGACCCCAUUUCCAUUCCAGAAAGAUCAAAGCCCAAAGUUCGCACCCUCCCUUCAUCCAUUAAUCCAACGCCUGCCGGUUGGACUCAUCCAUAAGUUUUGGUGUUUUCUUCUGCUCCUGGCAGAAGAGCAAGAGGAGCUAGAAACGGUGCUCGGCCGUGUCCCUGAGUUGUUCCUGGUUAAUAAUGAUGCUGCCCACGUUUGUUACACCCUUAGUAAGUGUCAGACCACGGGCAUUAUCUCGUUUAUCCUUCCAACACAAUUACAAGUUAGGACUAUUCUUAGCCCUGUUAUACAGGUAAGGACACUGGGGCACAGACAGGUUAAGUUCCUUGCCCAGUGUCGGUCAGCCAGCAAGCGAUAGAGCCUAGAUUUCAGACCAAGGCAGGUUACAUGCAGGGCCCUCUGCUCACCCGGGGGGGGGGGCCCACUCUGUGUGGGGAGUGGAGUGGGGUUUAGCACCCACCAUUGCUCCUGAGAAUUUCAGUCUGAAGGAAUGUGCCUGGCCUCAUUCCACACCCCAUGGGUCAGAGGAUCAGGUAUGGAAUGGCCCAGCCUCAAGACAAGGGUCCCCUUGGGUGAGGCCACCAAAGGGCUCACAGACCCUCAGGGGAUGUGUCUCCCUGGCAGCCUCAGCCCUUCCCUACCUCAGCGGAAUUUCCAGGACAGCUGAAAGGGAAAGGGAAGCUGGAGUGACUCCCAACAGUCCCAGGCAGGAAAGGAGAGGGAAGCUGAUACUUCCCCAACUCCUGCUAUGGACCUCGUCCUGAGCCCGGUGCUUUACAGCUGUUAUCUGCCACGUUCCCUCAGCUUGAUGGACAUACUGCCCCUAACCAAUGUCCCAAGGGGGCAUGUCUCCUCCCCACAAUUGUGCAUGACCUAGGACUACAGGCCCCCAUUUUACAGAUGAGGAAACUGAGUCAGGGGAGUGGGCAACCCAUGAGGCCACACAGCUGAGAUGUGGAGAGACUCUGAGGUCAGUACUCCCUCCGUGACACAGGGACCCCUUUUUCCCGGAACUGGGUUCCUCCUUUUUUGUGUUCCCAGCACCCUUGGCCUGAGAAAACUAGGAAGGAGCCCUUCUUAGAGAUGGGAUCACUGUCUUCAACCCCUUUGUCCCAGCUGCCUGUCACCCCAAACUCCACCUCGCCUGGACCCCCAACCCUGCUGGGUGGGGGAGGGGCUCAUGUGGGCCCAGGCUGAGCAGUGAGCAAGCAUGUCACGUUGUCCGACACUGAAUUGGUGCCCCCUAUAGACCACCCCUGUUAAGCCCACCCCUCUGCUUCCUCCUUGCCCUGUUUUGUAUAUUAAGUGACAUGAGGUGCCACGUGUGUAUGUGUGUGUGACAGAUGUCCUGGUUUUUGUUACUUUUUUGUUUUUGUAAAUUUGAAUGUUCCAAAUAAACAUGAUGUUUACUCUGAGGCUCUUCUCUGCAGUGGUUGGGCUAUACUGGGGACGCUGGGCAGGAAGGAGGCAAUGACUUUGGGCAGGGCGAUGGGUAUAGGCAGAGGAGGGGGCUGCCCCUGGAUGACCCCAUAGCCUCACCUGACCUCAAAUAUACCACCGCAAGCCGAUGGGUUCUGCGUGUCCCAGGUUCAGACAUACCCCGGGCGCCACGACUUAUGCAGAAGGACGUAAAGGACCCAGGUCCCACAUGGAAAGUGUCCCAGUUCUGAUAACUGGGCUUUGGCCUCAUUGCUAACAUGCCGUCCACACCUUGUGCCCCAGUUCUGGGAAGCGGGCACCUUCUUUGUUCCUUGGGAUCCAGUGUGUCCGGGACACUUGCCUGCUCCCCUGAAUGUUGCCUCUCUUGUG